UUUUUUUGCUCAUCCGGCGUGUCAACUGUCAAUUUAGCAUAACCGAAACGACUUUCCCGCGUUAUUUCGGCCGUCCAUUGUAGUUUGUCAGCAUCUUUUCGCCAUUUCGUCCGCUUCCUAGAAACUAAGGCCACCUUCCGUCAGUUAAUAUCUUUUAUCAUAUUCUUCAGUGGUUUUUUAAGUUUCUUUCAUCAUGGCCACCCUUAUCAGCAACAAAGAAAACAUCCAUGGAUUAACGAAACUGUCUUUGAAAGAUGAUUUGUCGCAAGAAAAGCAUCAACCAUUCUCAGAGCAUAACAAGAAUAUCACCAACACCAACCUAAAAUCUCAAAAUGGCCUUAUCAAAGAAGAUAAAUCCAGGAGCAACAUGUUUGACCCAUCCAUAGAACCUCUGCUCAAAGACAACCCCAGAAGAUUCGUUAUUUUCCCUAUUGAGUUUCAUGACAUCUGGCAAAUGUACAAGAAAGCUGAAGCCUCGUUCUGGACUGCUGAAGAAGUAGACCUAUCCAAGGAUCUUGCAGAUUGGGAAAAAUUAAAACCGGACGAGAAACAUUUUAUUUCGCAUGUACUUGCAUUUUUUGCUGCCUCGGAUGGUAUCGUUAAUGAAAACCUGGUAGAAAGAUUCAGUCAAGAGGUUCAAGUAACGGAAGCACGUUGUUUCUAUGGCUUCCAAAUAGCAAUGGAGAAUGUCCACUCUGAAAUGUAUAGUUUACUCAUCGACACUUACAUUAGAGAUCCCAAAGAACGCGAGUACUUGUUCAAUGCCAUUGAAACAAUGCCUUGUGUAAAGAGGAAAGCAGACUGGGCCAUGAAAUGGAUCGCUGAUGAUGCAUCAAGCUUCGCCGAACGAGUGAUUGCAUUUGCAGCUGUGGAAGGAAUCUUCUUCUCUGGCAGUUUCGCCUCAAUUUUCUGGCUGAAGAAAAGGGGUUUGAUGCCUGGCCUCACUUUCAGCAAUGAACUAAUCUCUCGAGAUGAAGGUCUCCACUGUGAUUUCGCGUGCCUGAUGUUCAAACACAUCAUUCAAAAACCCAGUGAAGAUAGAGUUAAGGAAAUCAUAAUGGACGCAGUGAAGAUUGAACAAGAGUUUCUUACCGAGGCUUUGCCAGUUGCUAUGAUUGGAAUGAAUGGGACUCUGAUGAAGCAGUAUAUUGAAUUCGUGGCUGACAGGCUUCUUGUCGAAUUGGGUUGUAUGAAGGUGUACUUCAAAGAGAAUCCUUUUGACUUCAUGGAACAGAUCUCUCUGGAGGGUAAAACAAACUUCUUCGAGAAAAAAGUUGGAGAAUAUCAGAAAAGUGGUGUCAUGUCAAAUAAAGAUGCGCAUGUCUUCUCUUUGGAUGCUGAUUUUUAAUGUAUUAAUAACUCUCACUGAUAGUUGAUUUUCAACGAUGACUCAAGAACUGUACAUUCAAAUCCAUUAUCUCUAGAACACACCAAUUAUUUAAACAGUGCUUUGGAGAAAAAGUUUUUCAGUAUUCAAAAGUAAGUUAACAUGCUUUGUUCUGAGUCUUGCUUCGUUUCACUGAUCCAUGUUCGUACAGUGUACCUCAAUCAUAGUCCUGUUCAAAUUUUUUUGGUCAAGUUUUACUAAAGUAAUUAAUAAUUUUAGUCCUGUUAAAAGACAAACGAGUGAAAUCCUCACUGCAAAAAUAGUCAUUCUUUACUUUCAGACAUUAAUUGACUUUCAAUGAGGGUUAAUAUACUCCAUAUGGGAGCAGGUCCUCUGUGUGAAGCUUACUCACCUAUUUUAAGUACUUAACUUUUAAAUUCUGCCCAAACGAUGGUUCAAAAAAUUACUUUUUAAAAUAGUAAAUGUGAAUAAGGGAGGGGUAGAGGGUUGCCACAGGUAAGGAAUACCUGGAAUGGUCAAAGAAUUUUUAAAAGGCUGGGAAAACCGGGAAAUGUCAAGGGAAAAUUGUCAGGUUAUCUUCAUGUGCUUCCUAGAAUAGGUCUGACGUUUUGAGCAACACAUUUUGCCUGAAAAACUGUUUCAGAGUAUGUCUUUUCAACCAUUGGGCAUAACUUACGGUGUCAGGGAUAUUCAUUUUUUAAAUUCUGUGGCAACCUCAACUUGUGAGAAAUUAAUAGUCACCCUUUUAAACCUUUUCCCUGUAAUGUAAAUCUGAAACAUUUUAUCACAUUGACCCUUUCAACGGCCUGCAAGCCUUAAAAGGUAAAAAAGAGUAAAUUCAAUGAAUAUAGUUAACACAGGGAUUCCUCAGAUCAUCUGGAAUUUUGCAUGUGUGAAGGUGUAUCUGUAUGCAUGUUAACUUACAACUACACAUAUUUUUAUCAUCUUGAGUUUUCCUUGUUGUAAAGUGUGUUUUUUUCAUCUUGUAUGCAGUCAUCUGAUAUGUAGUGUGCGUUUUUAAAAUUUGCUUCUUUUUAUAAUUUUAUGUAAAUUAAUCGACCGGACUCGCCCGUUUCAAUCUAUUCUUGGUUGAUCAGUGAAACAGCUGUAUCAACUUGAUCUCAACUAGUACAUCAAUCAAUAUCUGCAAAACUUUUGACAAACUCUAUAGUCUGUAUAAUAGAAAAAUUCCAUUGUUUCAUUCAUGUAAAUUUAAAUUAUUUUUGUAUAAAUGCCAAGUUAUUUGGAUAAAAUUAAUGUUGUAAAUCCAUAAUCUAUUUGAUUAAUUAUUUUAUAACAUUUUACUUCGAAUUUUGAAACGAAUGGUACUAGCAAAUUUUGAAUAUAAACUUUUAUUGUCUUUCACUA